ACUGCAUCGAGUGCGGAGCGUCAGUGACGCCGCGACGUCCACGCGUCCUCCACGUCUUAGUGUAAGCGCGCCUCGCAGUACGAAAGACCACGUGCAAGACGAACUUCUUUUAUGGGAGGCGGCUGAAGAAAAUUCGUCAUGGACACGCUGUACACCGCUCGCCUGCACGGCUUCCCCAACUUGAGCCGCAACAGCCUGGAACCUACAGUCCUGACCGAAGAGAGCGUUCUGUCCUUGCUCAUUGUCCUCGGCAGCAGCAUCUCCUUAGUCGGCCUCGUUUUCGCUUUCAUCACAUACAGUUUAUUUUCGGACCUUCGCAAUCUGUCGGGGACGACGCUGAUGAAUUUGCUGGCGGCGCUGUUCAUGACGCAACUUCUUUACGUUGUCGGAGUCGGAGGAGUGCCGGAUGCCGAGCUUUGCAUAGCUUUGGCCUUCUCGCUACAAUACGUUCGGCUCUGCGUCCUGUGCUGGAUGCUGACGAUGGCACAUCACAUGCAUUCACAGUUUAGGACUAGUCUGCAUUUAAAUCCGAUCACGGACAAUGCAAUUGGGAAGCAUUUUUGUAGAUAUUCAGUGUUCGCCUGGGGUGUUCCUGGAAUACUCCUCGGCGCCAGCAUUAUGGUACAAUACCACGAUAAAGCGGGAAAACUGCUGGAUACUGCAAGUCUCAAGUCGCAGAAUUGCUGGUUUCUUGAUCGGAAUGCUUUCAUAUAUGGUUUAUUGGUUCCUUCCACCAUCUUCAUAUCAGUCACCUUAUACUAUUUGGUGAGAUCGGCUUUAGUAGCACGCUAUGUUAUCAGUAUGCAAGUAGAUCGCAAGCUACGUGAUAAAAUGCGACGUAAGAGGAUGCUGCACAUUGCUCUUUUUGCCAAGAUUACAGUCUUGCUCGGCUUAGUGGUAACUCUGGGCGCCCUCAGCAAGCUAGCUAGGUCCGAAACGGCUUGGAUCGCUUACCACGUAGGACAAGGUCUUCAAGGCAUUUUCGUCGCCAUGCUGGUGACAUGCAAUUGCCAAGUGCUAAAGCUCUACACUCGAAGUAUGAAAUCGAGAGCUUCGCGUCAUAUACCAGUCUACGCAAGCAUGGGUCGUGCCUCCUCCACUGCUGUUUCCAAAUCUACAAGUCUCCAGCUUUUGACGUGGGAACCAGCCCCUGAUCCAGUGUAAAAUGUAUUUUUAUCAAAGCAUUAUUGUUGAAAAAUAUAUCAGAAAGUUCUGUGUGGCGACAUCGAAUUUUGGAAAUGUAUCAUUUUGAAACACAUAUCACGAGCGUGUUUUGUAAUAAUGAUACUGAAUUAUUUUCCUAAAUUUCUCAAAAGUAGAAAAUUGCCAGUGGGUGCUAAAAUGAAGGCGAGUGCUUGCAAGCUUUUGAAAUCCUGUCAGUAAAUAAUAAUUUAGUUAAGGUGAUGCGAUGGUGAUUAUCAUCAAAGCUUAGUAAAGAUUGUUUUAUUUUAUUGGGAAAAGCCAUAACUCCACUGAAACAAUUAUUAUUUGUAUUCUUCAUCUUGUAUUUUUAUAAUAUGUUUAUCUUAUUCAAAAGAAAAUACACAUUAAAACAAUAGAAAAAAAAUAGUACCAAAGAGACAUCUUUUCUUUUCUUAUCGCAUUAGAUUAGUUUCCAGAAUGUUAAAAAAACACACGACUCUAAGACUUGGUAGUAUUUGUAAAACGCCCUGUAAAUACUUGGUUUUGAGGUUUAUCCAAUAAAGACUAGCAUUUUACGACUGAGUCUUUUUAUACGUUACUAAUGAUUUUUUUACUAAUUCAAAUGCAUACACAGAUACUUUGUUGAAGUAAAGAAAGAAUCGAAACAACCGCACUCAUAGUGGUCAUAGUUUUAUUUAGCAGAAUAAAAUCGUAAAAUAACGCGUCACGGGACAUCUUUCUUGGUAAGGCAAAUAGUGUGGCUUUGGUGGUCUGAUACUGCAAGCUUUUAUUGACUCAUCAAGAAGAUAAGUCUAACUUUUUCAAUACCAAAGAUCGAUUCGAACAAACAUCACUCGAACAUAUCCAUAGGUCGGUCCUCGAGGCUGUGGGAACUUUAAUGUGGUUGUUUCGUCCACUUGACCUCAUAACACUCAAUUCAUGAACACAUGUUUCAACUCCAAAUCAGAUUUUCGCUUGACAAUAAAAUCACAUAUCUAUGAUGAAGGGACAGAAAUCUCGUUUGCUCUAAUAAUAGAGUGACCGGUUUUCCAUCUCUUCACAAUAAGUUUUUGUAUUGAGUCGAGUUAUUAAAUUAUUUCCGUCACACACUGAAUUUUCUACAUAUUUGUAUAGAAGUUUAUUUGAGAUCGUGUAUUUUUGUAAUGACUUAAUCUUAGCCGAGUCUCUAUUGUGUACGCUAGGUUUAGGUAAUCUGCAGUAGACAAUAUAUCAAUGUAAAUAUGCAAAAUGAAAGAAUAAAGAAAAAUGAAGUUUAUAA